AGAAGCAUCGAAUCACUUUCGUGAGUACCACGUGCUGCAGGAGAACAUUAGCUGGGGCUGUGCUGAAGUAUAAGUAUUUAAGCGGACAACCGUCACUAAUCAUACAACGAGUGUCUUCCCACCAAAAUACUAUCGAUAUAUCAUCUGUCUUAUAUUUUCAGUGUUAGAAGAUUUAACGUUAUUAAUAUAUUGGGUUAAGCAACGAGGCAUUUAAUGUUCCAAAACUCUUUUUUAUAUUAAAAGCAAGAUAUUUCAAUAAUAAUUUCUAUUUGGAGAAUCAUGGAGUAUUUGCUGCAUUGGAAAUCCUUCCUCUUCUUAGCUUUGACACUCAGUACCAGCCCUCUUAUCCAAUGUAGACGAGUCCCGUGGUGGCACAUCAAGAUGGCCCAAAGCCAAGGGCCUAAUACCUGUGCUGUGGAAGAAGUCCCGGGAACUAAUAAGAAGUACUGGACAGAAUGCAAGUACUGGAUGAACAGAGAAAUCUGCGGUGUCAAAACAGUAAUACGAUACGAAUGUUGUGAAGGAUUCCAGCAAGUUAAACAUAAACCGGGAUGCAGUGGAGUGAAACCGAUGACUAACGUGCUGGACACCGCUAGAGAUCUUGGAGCCACGUACUUCGUAGAUUAUUUGACCAAAGCAGGACUAUCAGACAGUUUACGGCAGGCAGGAGCCGCUGUUACUCUCUUUGCUCCGACCAACGAAGCCUUUGAAACAAUGGGACCUAGAGAAAGAGAAAAAUUCGAGGAGAGCCUCAAAAAACCCGAAUCUCCAUAUCUUCUUUAUCAUAUGGUUGGACGUAAGCUUCACUCAACUGACUUUGAUGCAGAUUUGGAGAUUGAAAGCCUUUACGACGGCCAAAAACUUCGUAUUAACCGUUAUUCAAACGGGAUGAUUACGGUGAACUGUGGUCCUUUGGUAAGAAAAGAUCAAGAAGCCAAAAAUGGUAUCGUCCACCUGAUCGAUCGAGUUCUCGUUCCUCCUGGGCGGAUGGGGACCUUAACGAUUCCCGAAAUUCUCGUGGAAGAUGGUAGGUUUCGAGAAUUAGCCACGACAUUACUCCAGUCCAAUCUAGUCAAUGAACUCCGUCUUGGAGGUCCAUACACUCUGUUAGCACCUUCUGAUGAAUCUUUCCAGAAAAUCUCUCCUGUUGAGAGAGCCCGUAUGACAAAAGAUCCGGAGGCAAGACUUGCUCUACUUAGACACCACGUGAUUCCUCACACAAUCUGUGCACCUGGAGUAAUAGAUAAGCACAAAAUUCGAACCCUUGGAGGAAAUCACAUCAGUUUUCACUGUAAUGAAUCGGGGACUUUCGUUAAUGAUGUGAAAAUGACGUCAGAGGCCAUGAUUGCCAAAAACGGAGUAAUAAAUCUGCUCACUGAUGUCCUUGUCCCAGAACGUGUUCGAAGUGUUUUAGAUCUAGCAGUACGAUCAGACGAUCUCAAGACAUUCUCUAAACUAGCGCACUCUACCGACGUGGCUCAGGAACUAAUACAAGCUAACAUCACCAUUACGGUGUUCGCCCCUUCUGACAAAGCUUUUCGAGCAUUACCGGAAGAGAGAAGGCAUCAGCUCAACGAAAACACAGACGAAGCUCGUAAACUGUUACAGUAUCACAUCGUCCAGGGUAAAGUAAAAACAGACACUUUCUCAGACAACCAGAAAGUGGAUACAAUAGGAAAAGAAAAUCAGCUUCGUUUAAAAGUAUACAGAAGGGCUGUGGGAGUUGAGUCGGCAGUAAUCACGAAAUCAGAUAAUGAAGGCCAGAAUGGAGUCCUCCACAUCAUCGAUAAGGUCCUCACUCCUCCGGAACGCAGCACUUUAGAGUUGUUGGAAGAAAAUUCCAAUUUCAGGUAUCGAACCCCGAUGUUUACUGCUAUAUGCUUACAAGUUUAUUCUCGAGUCACCAGGAAGCAAUGUAAUGGGCGAAACCCAUCCCAUAUUUCUUUUACAAUAUUUGCUCCGACAAACAAGGCUUUCAAACGAAUGGGAAUUCACGAGAUGGAGUCUCUGAUGAACGACGAAAAAUCUCUGAAAAAGUUUGUACAAAACCAUGUGGUAGACAACAUGAUGUCCUCUCGCUCCUUCCGCUCACGUCUUUUCUAUGAUGUCCAUACAGAACAUGAAAUGGUCAAAGUUCAUAAAAGAAAAGGUCAUUUGAUGGUCAACAAUGCACAUAUUAUCGAGCCAGACCUUGUGACUAAAGAUGGUAUUGUUCACUGUAUUGACAAUGUGUUGAUGCCUAAGCAUCAUCGACACUUAUGAGCAAUAUCAAGCAAGAUAACUUUUAUUUUUUUGUCUGAAUGAACCGGUUCACUAUUCCAACCAUUCACUUCAAGCAAAUAAAAGAUAGGCUCCCUUUUCUUUAGAGAAAAGUGUGCUAAUGGGGAUAUAUUGAACACUGCCAACAAUUAAAACUUUAUUAAUUUGUUUUUAGCUUUCUAAUAAUAAUCCUUUAAUUCACAUUUUUUCUGGUAGUGCUUAUUAGUUGUUUAAUUGGUUUGUGAUACAACUAAAACUGUAAUAAUUUAAAAUGCACUUAAAAGAAGUUAAA